CGCUAGAUGAUCCUGGCGGCCUUUUGUUGUUGUCCUUUGUCUCUUCCCCCGAGUGCUGUCGCGUACACAGUAUCUUUCUUACCCAUUUCCCCCCUGGUGCCCCUGGGUUGCCCGUUGACGUCUCCACCAACGGAAUCUCAUCCAGGCACCAACUUGCCGGCUCCCUUGCGGAUCUUUCUUCUUGCGCCGGGAUUUCCUGUGCGCUCUACCAUGUGAAUGACGCCCAUCCGAUGAUGGCUACUAGCUUCGCAGGCACAUAACAUUCCUUUCGUCGAUAUGGUACACUUUUCUGCUGAGACGGGCCUCAAGGCCUCGGUGGGGGUCUUUCUCUUGAGCUGCACAUUUCUCUCGACAUCCUACAAUACCACUUUCGCUUUUGACCAUCCCCUCAACUCUGCCGCAUUAGCCUGCUUUUUGGCGGGAACCUCUCUGUUGAUUCUGAGCCGAUUCAUACAUCGCAUACCCAAGAUUCCCUCUUCUGCACCAAAAUAUUCCGCCAUCCCACUCACCGAACGGGAUCCGCCCCUCGAAGAGCCAUUCUCGCCGGUCAGCUUGAGCAGCAAUAGCAGCCUUACCCUCACCCGCCCGCGCAACUCGGCGCGAUGGAUCAAAAGAGGUUUACUCUCGGUGCUUGGAGGCUUACGGAUUGCUUUGUAUCGUGAUAUAACUGCCAACAUUGAAUGCGCACCUGAUGGUUAUGCGUAUUCAAUUCCUUUCUUCGUGGCCCUUUAUGAUUACUGGCGAAACCAACGCAGCCGACCGACUCCGAUAUGGACCACCCUGGAAGACCCACAGAAUGCGCACCUCCGUGCGAUAGUCACAUUUGUUAGUCGCGUGCAUUCCUUCCUCUUUCGGAGCCGCUGGAGAUAUGUCAUACCAGCAUUCUUUCUCCUGACAAGCGGCUACAUCACCACAACUUUUGGGGAUGGCAUGCAGUCAACUUACAUCUGCCCCAUCACCUCGGGUCAAUCUGCGCGCCUGCACGCUUUUAAGGUCCUGGCUGUCAUUUUCGACUCCUUGAUCUUGAUCGGCGCAGCUGAAUUAGCCAGCGAAGGAGUCCGAUCAGGAGACAACAGAAGGAAACACAGCCUGGUUUCCUGGGCCUACAGUCUACUGGGAGUCGCUGUGUUCUACACAAUCAUCGUGAUUGCUCUUACAGCUAGCUCCUACGAUGAAAAUGGUUUCCCCAGUGCUCAAUAUCUGCACAGUGCUGUGGGCCAAGGAGUAUUGGUGACAUGUGUGAUAGUGUCAGCAUCUCAACUGAUCCCAUACUACGGUAUUUCUGGGUUGGCUGUGCUGGCGGGCUUCAUCUCACUCUACUUUACGUGGGCAUCGACUCUGUUCAACGGACAGCACCCAUUCCCAUUGAUUCUCGCCUCCCGCGCUUUUGCUGCUCUCUUCUUCAGUUUCUUAGGGGGGCUAUCGUUUCUUUACGCUCGAACAGCUUCAGAGGAGGAGCCGCAAUUCUUGUACCGAUUCAACAUUGCCAUGCGACUUAUCUUCGCUUUAUUGUCUGCAAUCGGUCUUAUUCUGGUCGCCCAACAACAUAGCGCCGCUCAUCUGCAUCCCAUCGAUCUGCUCGUGUAUGAGGGCAGACAACAUCACGAUCAAUGGUUUGCACGGGCCAACAGCAGUCAGGGUCUUGCCGAUGCUGUUAUGAAGUACCGAGCGCAAUAUAAUCAACAUCCACCACCGAACUUUGACAAAUGGUACGAAUAUGCCGUCAGCCGAUCUUCCCUUGUUAUCGACGAAUUCGACCAGAUUUACACGGACCUGUUGCCCUUCCGUGCAUUGCCACCGGCGCAGAUCCGCGAACUGACACAGAAGCUGGCCACGAAUCCUUACAACGAGAUUGGCGCGAUCAGCAUCCGCAACGGCAAAGCUCGAGUUCAGGAGGGCAUCAAGCCAACCCAUGCGUGGAUGGUGAUCAGUGCCGCCAAGAUGAUUGAGAAAUUCUCCGAGUACCUUCCCGACAUGGACCUCGCUUUCAACCUAAACGACGAGCCUCGGGUUUCAGUUCCCUGGGAGAAAAUAUCGGUACUACGACACCAAGCGAAGUCAUCCGGCGUACCCCCCGAGGACAGUAUCCAGACCGGGUGGUCGGCUGACCGCGGUGACCAAUGGGGUCCGAUCGAGCCCGCCGACCAGACGAAAGAGACCCUGUUUGUCGACAACUCCUUCAAGAACAUCUUUGAUCGCUACGUGGGCUCCAUCUGCCCGCCCUCUUCAACGGCCCGCUCGCAACGCAUCUGGGACCGGCGACACCUAUGCCUCAGCUGCAUUCGCCCUCAUUCAUUGGGGGGCUUUCCGUCCGACUGGACUGCUGCCACCGAUAUCUGCCACCAGCCAGACCUUACGUCUCUGCAUGGGUUCCUCCUCUCCCCCGCCUCAUUCAAAGUCGCGCAGGACUUGACCCCCGUCUUCAGCCAGAGCACGAUCGCGGGCUUCAAUGACAUCAUCUUCCCUAGCCCAUGGAACUAUGUCGACAAGAUUGAAUACAAACCGUCGCCUGAAAAUCCGGACGCAAACUAUACCGAAAAAACCAACACCCUCUUCUGGAUCGGCAGCACUUCUGAGGGAACCAGCCAGCAUGGCGAAUGGAAAGGCAUGCCGCGUCAGCGCCUCGCCCACCUCGUCAACAACAACACCUUCAAUAAGGUCUCGGUCUUUCUCCCGACCAACGAAACUGACACUUACCACUACGAGAUCCUAGACGGCCGCGUCCCGUCCGACACCCUGCACCUUGACACGACGGUCAAUGUCAUCGACCCGAUUGUUCGGUGCCGCCAAAAAGACUGCGAUGAUCAACGCAAGGAACUCAGUCCGGGAUCCCGGGUCGACUUCCAAUCCCACUGGCAACACCGGUAUCUAUUCGACUCGGACGGCGCAGGGUUUAGCGGCCGAUUCCUGCCUUUCAUGCAGAGCCACAGUCUCCCGUUCAAGACGGGUCUGUUCCGACAGUGGUUCGACUCGCGCAUCACUCCCUGGCUGCACUUUGUGCCAAUUGAUCUCCGUCUCCACGGGCUCUGGAGCACAUUGGCCUAUUUUGCUGGAGUAGAUUCCACAGUGAGCGUGGAUGGGGUGUCCAGACGAGUCACUAUCCCGCCGCACGACAUCGAAGGUGAGUGGAUUGCCGAGGAGGGUCGCCAAUGGGCUCAACAGGCUCUCCGCAAGGAAGACAUGGAGAUUUACUUUUUCCGGCUACUGCUCGAAUGGGGACGAUUAACCGAUGACCAGCGAGAUUUGCUGGGGUAUCGACUAUAG